AAAGAAGGGUGUUCGAGUGCUACCAGGCGCCCUUCCCUGUGGGUGCCGGUGUGGGGGAUUUCAGGAUGUGCCGGGCUGACAUGGUGAACAACAGCGUGGUGGUGAGGGACCCCGAGGACAUGGAUCAGCUGUACAACAAGGUGCUGUCCGCCCCGCGCAGCGUGUCCCGGCCGUGGGCGAGCCCGGUGCUGGUUGAGCUCUGCCUGCCCUUACGCUGCCGUUCCCCAUUAGCCGCCAGGAAUCCUCCCUGUCUUUCCUCCUGAAACAAAUACAAAACGUAUUCCGUAUCAAAUGUGCAGAAGUAUUUCAUUCUUAUCCCGGAAAAUUGGAAUGAAGUGACGUUAGGAAAAAAUAACAAGCAAAAAGGCUAUUUUGGAAAAGGCAUUCUUUCAAGAAGUCGACCAGUGUACAGCAUUUCUGAUCCCUCACUGGUUUCCAAAUGGCAGGGUGCCAACCUAAACAUGCCUAUAAUUACAUCAAAAAAGUACCAGCAUCGUGUUCAGUGGGCUAAAAGCGUUUUGCAAGAGCAGGGAUUUGAUAGCUGCUCCGUGACCAAAAUUCUUGAGGAUUACACUAGGCCUCUUGAGUUUCCAUUUUUGGAAAAGGAUGGAGCUGAUCAAACCGGUGAUAGCUGCCACACAAUGGGCCCAAGCACAGAAAAUACAGAACUUUGCAGGCAGUCUUCUGCAGAUACUGGAAACAUAGUGACUUCAAGUCCGGAGUGUCAGAAGGAAGUCUGCCAGAAAGCCUGUGUGGAAGGAGAUCCGGCGUCUGAUCCCAUGGUUGCUUUUGGCUCUAAGGAACAGGAGCCUGCUGACGUGAAAGAGGCAGCCCAAGCAUCCUGCCAGAAGUGUGGUUCUCAUGUGCCUUGUGGCUGCAAGGCUAAGGGGGGUCCCGAGCGAGAAUCGUGCAACAUGGCCAAGUCAAGAGAACGUGCUCCAGAAUAUGUGCUCGUGCAAGAAGAAGAAGAAAGUAGCUCAUGUCCUGAAGAGGGCUCUGCUCAUGAGCAAGAAAAUUUUGUCAAGAAAGAAAAACUAGUAUGCAGAAGAAAUCCAUUUAGGAUUUUUGAAUAUUUACAACUCAGCUUGGAAGAGGCUUUUUUCUUGGUGUACGCUCUGGGAUGUUUAACUAUUUAUUAUGGUGAGGAGCCCUUAACUAUUUUGAAGCUAUGGGAAAUUUUCAGCGAAGUGAAGCCUAGUUUUAAAACUACUUACAUGGCGUAUCAUUACUUCCGCAGCAAGGGAUGGGUCCCCAAGGUUGGACUGAAGUAUGGAACUGAUCUCUUGCUGUAUCGAAAGGGCCCUCCCUUCUAUCAUGCAAGUUACUCUGUCAUUGCUGAAUUAGUUGAUGACAAUUUUGAAGGUUCUCUUCGCAGACCACUGAGCUGGAUGUCCUUGUCUGGCUUGAACAGAACAACUGUUAAUGCUUCUAAGGAACUUAUGUUAUGCUAUUUGAUUAGACCAUCUGAUAUGACUGAAGAAGAGAUGGCCACACCAGAAUGUUUGAAAAGAAUUAAGGUUCAGGAACUGAUUGUAACUCGUUGGGUGUCUUCCCGUGAGCGCAGUGAGCAAGAUGAUCUGUAACUGAAUGUAUAGGAAGAAUGUAAUUCUUGUUAUAAACAUUUUGUUGGUUCUUUUUACUUGAUCCCUGAGACAAUGGCUCAUCAUCAGUUUCUAUCCGCAUUUUCAGUUGGUAUGUAUAAAUGCUGUGUGAAAUCCAAGCAUAUCCUGUUCAUUUAAUAGAAAGAUGUAAAGUGGAAAUGUCAACUGAGUGAUUGCUUUUUCAAGCUGAAUGUGUGUGUGUGUUGACUGUAUGUGGCACAGUGUUGUAACUAGAGAUGACUAUACUUCAUGCUUUGGUGCUGUUAGAACAAAUGCUUUAUAGCAGUUAGUUCUACCAGGAUCCUGAUACUUUGCCAUGUAUUUAUAUUUCAUCAGUUGAAAUUCAAAACUUAAAAUGAGGUAUGGAUUCUGAUAUACUCAGAGAUAGCAUGCUGUAAUUUAUUUUUGUAAGCCAAAUCUUAGCUAAAGAAUUUUGAAUUGCUGUAAAGGUUUCUGGAUAGGAGGGCUCUUAACAGCGGCAGAAUUGAGCAUUUCAAGCUGGUUGUCUCUAUCAUGUUGUGUUUCUGAAUAUGCUUUUAAAGCCACUACGAAUUAGAAUUUAGCAAGAAGUGAAAGAAGAUGGGGGUGGGAAAGUGUAGUCUUUCUGGUAUGUGUAUACAAAAUUAUAAACUAGAUACGGACAAAACCACAGUGGUUUGAUUGUUUCUCUGUAUUUGAGGAAACAGGACUUAAAUCUAGUUCAGGUCUAGAUUUACUUUGCAGAAGCUAGUAGAAGGGAAGAUAUAUAUGUUUUCUUAAGCUAGAAUGUAUGUAAAUAAAAGUGUGUAGAAUUAUGAACAGUAGAAUUUUGUCCUCAGCAUACACUUCUCUGUAAUGUACAAUAGGUAGAAGUACUGUUGGAGCAUCUCCCUAUUUCUUUAAACAUAAAUUGCUUUUUGAAAAAUUCUUAAGUUUUCUCUCUGAGAUGGAUCCAGAUGAGCCUGUUGUUCAUUACAGAUAGGACACUGUGCAUCUUCUAAUACUAUGGAUCUGUCUUGGUUUGAGGAAUAAACAUGUAAAACAUAAA